CCCCCUCCCCCCCGCCAAAAAAAAUUUUUUUUAAUUAAAAAAAAUGGCAGAGUCUACGGAGGAGGUGGCGGUGCUGGUGCAGCGGGUGGUGAAGGACAUCAACAACGCCUUCAAGAGGAAUCCGCACAUAGAUGAAAUAGGACUAAUUCCCUGUCCUGAAGCUCGGUACAACCGGAGUCCAAUAGUCUUGGUUGAAAAUAAACUUGGUGUGGAGAGUUGGUGUGUCAAGUUUCUUUUGCCAUAUGUCCACAACAAGCUUCUCCUCUACAGGCAAAGAAAGCAGCGACUAAACAAAGAUGAAUUGGUAGAUGUCACAUGUACCCUGCUACUUCUAAACCCAGACUUUACCACUGCAUGGAACGUGAGGAAAGAGCUAAUCCUAUCUGGCACUUUAAAUCCAAUUAAGGACUUGCAUCUGGGAAAACUGGCCUUAACUAAGUUUCCAAAGAGUCCGGAAACAUGGAUUCACAGGCGAUGGGUGCUACAACAACUAAUUCAGGAAAACUCCUUACCCACUUUUGUGAAGAAAGAGAACUUGGCAACAUUUCUCACAGAAAGAGUACAACGAAUAGUGCAAGAGGAGAUCGAGGUCUGUGGUGAAGCUGCUGGGAGAUACCCAAGUAACUACAAUGCCUGGUCUCAUCGCAUCUGGGUCUUGCAACACUUGGCAAAGUUGGAUAUCAAGAUUCUUCUUGAUGAACUGUCUUCCACCAAACAUUGGGCAUCCAUGCAUGUUUCAGAUCACAGUGGAUUUCACUACCGCCAGUUCUUGUUAAAGUCUUUGAUAAGCCAAACUAUGACUGACAGUGCUGUAUUAGAACAGAGCCCUUUGGUAAGUGAGCAUAUCCCAGAUCUUCCAAAAGAUGAUAAUGAAGAAGACACAUCAGCAGAACACCACAGGGUGGUGGAUCUUUCCCGUCUUCUAGAGGACGAAGUUGAACUCAGCACAGAUCUCAUUGAUAACUACCCAGGACAUGAAACACUCUGGUGUCAUAGGCGGCAUGUGUUCUACCUUCAGCACCACUUAAACAAUAAGCUUCCUCACAGCCAGAUGCGACUAUCACCCGUGGACAGCAAUGGUGGGACUUUACAUGACUUAAAUCUCAGCCCAGCAGUCACUCAUAUGACUCAAGCCAUGGAUGUGGAUGGCUUAAAUGACUCUAACAAGCAAGGCUAUUCCCAAGAAACUAAGCGACUAAAACGGACACCAGCUCAGGACUCCCUUGGCAUAGAAAUGGAACACAGGUUUAUUGAACAAAUUUUGUCCACCUGCCGAAAUGUAGAGCAAGCCAGGUUUGCUAAUGCUUAUAGGAAAUGGCUGGUUACUUUGAGUCAGUGAAAGAGAUGGAAAAUUCCUGCAGGGUUUUACUUAUAGUGCAAUAUUACUUUCUUUUCUUUUCUUUUCUUUUCUUUUCUAACUUACACAGUUGCAUGUACUGGUUCUACUAUUGGCUUCUUACCCUUUAUGAUCAAUUUUAAGGUUUGUAGGAAGACUCUUCAGUCAUUUGUUUUGUUAGGAACAGGCAAUUCUUUUGUAGGGAAAAAAAAAACCAAAAACAUUUUCCUAGUGUAUAGUGAGUCUUAAAUUUUGAGAAGAAAAUUCAUAUCCUUUGCAUUUCUACUUUGGGCAGCUUUGUAUUCUGUUCUCAUGAUGUUUUUUCCUUUUUUUUUUCUUUUUUGGUUGGAAAGUUUCUUUGUUAACUUGCUAUUAAAAAAAAACCUUUAGGACAUAAUACAGUUUCUAAUGACUAACUUUAAAUAACUUGAUCCAGUUUUUUGUUUGGGAAACAAAUAUGGAUAGGUGAAAAUAAAAACAAAUACUGACUCUAAUGUGCUCUAGUUGUAGACUAAACUAAUCAAGGUCGGUAGAGUUGGGUAAGCAUAAAACUCUCUUCAGAGAUACCAAUUUAUCAAAGGAUUAUUGAUUUUAAACCCUAACUUUUAGAGGUUAUGUUACUACAGUAAUGGAAAAUUAUUUUAGUUAUACUUCUUAUUAUUUUUCCUUUAAAUUGGCAUAGGCUACAAACACCCAACUUAAAACGUUUAUAAUUAGUACCAAGUUUUGUACCAAGUUAGCGUUUUGUUUUGUUUUGUUUUUUAGUUCUUACUAUCUUCCUUCGCAGAUUUGUUGGAUUGGGGAAUCAGAUUAAUUAAACAUCGAAAUUUGUUCAUAAAAAGUUCACCUGUAUUUUAUUUUAUUGAUUUACCAAAUCAACAAACCAUUAUCUUAUUUAUAUUUCUGAAAAUUUAUGAAGUACACUACAGAAUUCUAAAGAGAUGAAUAUUGAAGAUUUUUGGGGGGGGAAAUAAAUGUGGGGGCAUCUUAAGAAAUAGGUUAAAACAUUUUAGCACUGAAAUUGUCCAGACUGAGGACUCGGCAAUCUACUUUAUAUCCAUUGUAUCCGUUGUCAGACUCUUUAGAUAAUUUUGAAACCAGGGAUUCAGUCCCAGGGUUUCACUCUUGCUUUCCUUGAACCCCAAGGGUUGAAAAUAAUAGAGGGAGUUAAUUGCUCAGUGUUUUCUUUAGAUAAUAAUUUCCACCCAUACUUAAUUUUUUUCUCCCUCCUCAUUAUCUGUCCCUUCUUGCCAUAUCCCUGUGUUAUUUCUUGUCACUUACCCUUUGUUGUUUGUAUAUUGUUUUCUUUUCUGUAUUUCUUCAGCAAAAAGUACCCCAUUUUUAUUUCUUGUCUCACAGAAAAAGGGCCAGGAAGGAUGUAUAAGUAUGAUCAGUCCUAUUAAUACCAAAUUGGCAGAAGUUGCUGACCAAAAUAAGAAUACUUUCAAAUCCCCAACUCUCGGGGAGGGAUGUAAGCAGUAGAAGUAGAGAUGCAACCUCACCCUACCUCCUGUGCUUCCAAGUUUUACUUUCUUAUUGGGGGGGGCGCUAAGGACUCAGGAGAAAGAUAGAUUUCUGCUAUUUUACUCUUAUGAAAACCCGAGAUUAACUUGAAUUUUUAAGGCAGUAUAGGAUAGUGGAAAAAGUCGUGGAUUUUGAAUUCAAAGGUUAUGAGUUCAAAUUCCACCUCUGUUAUUUAUUUCCUGGGUAACUUUGGGCAAGUCACUUUACCUCUUGGACCUCAGUUUGUUUGUUUUUUCUCACCUGUAAAAUGAGAUCAUUGGUCUUUUCCAGCUAUAAAGCCUAUGAUCCUAUAACUGAAAUAGGUUUCUCUCAAGGGGGUACAAAAUUUACCCCUUAUUUUGGCAUCAUAGCUCUGUUCAGUGACAGUCAGACAGUGAGCCUUAACAGGGUCCCAGGAAAAAUUGGCCAGCCUGACCCUAGUGGACCUAGAGACCUUAAAUGUAUGACCAACUGCUGCUGGGCUUCUUCCUUGGGGUAAAAGUGACUGUUUUACAGACCUUUCAAUCUAUAUCCUUAUCCUUGUGAAUAUAGUCCUAUGCCCUGAUAUACAGAGCCCUUUUUAGCAGAAGUUCCUGAAUCUAAUACCUCAGGGUCUGGAACCUCUAUGGUAAGUCAUUAGCUUGGGAUUCUUUCUUAGUGGUUACAUAGUAAUGGAGAAGUUAUAACAGGUCCAGUCCAUCCUGCUAGUGUACAUAGCCAACCAUUGCCUCCAUACAGUAUUAACUUCAGUUUCUUUCCUAAGCUUAAUUUUAAUAAUCCUCAAUGAUAGACGUCUCACAUUUUCAUGAUUUUUCUAUUUGAGAAAAACUAUUGGAAUAUUUUCAGUAGUAAAUUGAAACUUUUUGGUCUAGUUUUUCCACUCCUAACAAUGUUCUUAUGAAUUCAGGACCUUCUUAUACCUUCUCUAAAACAGCUUCCAUUUUAGUGUGGGCAGCCUUCAGGUUUUUCAAGGCUAUGUCAUGCCCCUAAUUGAAAUAAUUCCGUUCCUAAAUCUACAUUGGUCUCCUGUCUUAUCAAGGUUAGAGCAAUAAGUGAUCAUUGACAGUUGGAGAGGAGGAACUGCUUGGCAUCAGAAAUUUCUGUGCUAGUUUUUUUCUGAAAUUAGCGUGUGUUAUGAUUAUUUAACAACAAAAAGUUUGGAUAUGUAUGAAUCCAAGGAGUUUCCCUACCAAAAAAAACCAAAAACCCAAUUUUAGUUGUAUAAUGACAUUGAUUCUUAAUAAUUCUGGUAGUGUGGUACGAAUAACUCUGAUAGGAGACAGUAUUAGAGAAGCAGGAAUAAAUAACCUUUAUAGUAGAAGGUUGUGUGAGUGUUAAAGUCGCUUUUUUUAUUCUGGAAAAGUCAAGGAGGAAAAGCUCUGUAAGCAAAUUGACUGUUCUCCAUAUUGAAAGGCCACCCCAUCCUCAUGGCAAAAAUGCAGCCAAGUAACACCCAUAAUCAGGAAUUCAGAGUGAUACUAUGAUAAAUGAAAUCAAACUACCCUUGUAGUUUACCCUUGUAAAUCUUAACUUUUUUUCCCCUCAAGGUUUCCUACUUUUCGAGUGCAGUAUUUGUAAACUAUACUGUGUGCCUUGCUCAUAAAAUACUCAAAGAGUAUAAGAGAUAGUGACUGGCCUUGUGAUUUCAUUGAUCUAGGGAACUACUCAGUGGUUUGAGGAAACACCCUCUACCAAUUCAGGUAGGCACCUUUUCUUCAAAUUAGAACCUUGGAUAGUUGCCUAGAGUGCUGAGAAUUUAGGUGACUUGCCAGGGAUCACAAGACCAGUAUAUGACUGAGGCAGGACAUGAAUCCAGGUCUGACUGGUUUUGAGGUCAGCUGCUAUCCACUACUAUUUUGCCUCUCAAAGGUGAUAAUGAAAUGAUUAAUUCCAGCAAUAUAUGUGUAUGUGUAUAUAUAUGUACAUAUAUCUACAUAUUCAAAAAUAAACUGGAAAUACUCAUUUAGGUGCUGGUUUAACAUCCCAUUUGGGAAAGGUGAUAUGAAUACUGGCUGAGAAUUCUAAAGCUAGUUCCACUACAUUAAGAUCUUUCCUUUGACCAUUUUAAGGUGUCAGAAUCAGACUUUAAGAGAGCAAUAUUUUUGUACCUGUGGGGUUUACCUGUUUGUUGAGAUGUAUGUUGGGUAUAUGUGUGUGUCUGCUUUUUUCUCAGCUUCUAAACAGUGAAAUCCACCUUUUGAGAUAUUUCUCAAACUCACUACUGAGUCAUUAGGGAAGCUAACCUAGACUUUGAAAGUCAUCUUUUCUCAUUCCUGCUUUGCAAAUUUAAUUUAAGUUCCCAUGAGGUUAUAAUCAGAGAAAGUAAAAAUAAAAUAACUAAUAUGGAUUGUUACCUUAGUGUUAAAAAAAGGAUUUUUGUUCAUACUGAUCUAUUCCAGAAUUCAUUAACAAAAAUGAGACAGCAACUUUUCUACAGUGGCUUUUUUUGUAUGUUCCUCAAAGAAGUGCCCAGGUAGCACAUUUGGGGUGUUCUUUAAGUUUAGGUCAUGUGACACCUUUGGCUUACUUCCAGCUGACCAGAGAUACGUAUGUACACACACACGCACACACACGUUUAUGCAUGUAUGUGAAUGUGUAGGUAUUUACAUAUGUAUACAUGUAAACAUGCUUUUGAAUUGUUUUUUGAUAAAUGCUUUGUGACUCAAGAAAGGUAAUUUCUUAUUCCAUUUUUUCCCCCACUUGAUCUGAGUGUCAGCAAGAGGCCAAGUAAUGGAUGUAUAAUAGUUAUUGUCCCCUGUGCCUCAGUUUCCUCAUUGUCUAGAGGAAAGUGGUGAAGUUUUGCCAAUAGAAGUAUUACAUAAUCUUUUAUAUAAUUCUUUUCCCCAAAAGAUGUUUCAAACCUUCUGUGUUAACAUGCUGUCCUUAAAUUUAAAAAAAAAUCCUAAAAAGCAAAUUUUUCGAGAUAAUUUAUAUCAUUUUUAAUAGUUGCACUUUUUUAUUUUUCAUGUGAGAUUCUCAGAUGGGUCUACUCUACACCCAUUAGCACCUUAAAGUGCCCCAUCCCCAAAGUACAAUGUAUGCUAGAAUCCUAUUUUAUGGAGGAGGGAGUUGAGACAUAGGCAUCACUGGAAAAAUCUAACAUCGUUGUAAGUUGUGAAGAAGAAAGGCAUGAUCACACCCAUGGAAAGGUGUAAGUGAAAGGAGCCCUAGAUUUCAAGCCUCAUAUCUUAGUUUUCCUAGUUUACUACAUGUGUGACCUUAGGCAAGUCACUUAACUUCUGGGCCUCAUUUUCCUUAUUUGUUAAAAUAAGGGGCUUGGACUAAAUGAUUGACUCUUAAGUUGCUUCUUUCUCUCUGCAGCCUAUCAAUUCUGCUUUGUUUUUUAGGAUUUAAAACAUAGAACUUUUUACAUAAAACAUACAGUUUUGUUUAUUAGAGCGCCUGUAUUCUUUGAAGCAGGAUUAUAGUCAUUUAAAUCUAAUUUUGGAGGCAGAAACCAAAAACAAUUUGAAGAAUACUGACAGUUACAUCAAGUGCCCAAGUAGUCAUUCAGAUGUAAACUGCUAGACAGUAGUGACUCUUUAUUUCGGUAGACUUCUCAGUGAAGGGAAUGUCGUUUGUUGUGUUAUAGGUUGUGACAUGGACAGAUAGGAUGUUUUGGUUUAUAUUUUUAUUUAGUAAUUAAGGUGUCCAAGCACUUUACCAAGAAUUGGUAUAUUAGUUCCUUAUAACCAAUUUUUUUUUCUUGUUUGAGGUAUCCCAUUUAUUUUUAAUGGUUACCAUAUAGCCUUUUUAUAAAGGAGCUGUGGUAUUGCCUCCUAAAAGAAAGAACAGACGUUAACUUUAAGUGAAUCUUUUGUCUUGGUUUAUUCAAAGCCUGAAUUCAUUCAGAAUUUCAGACUUGACACAAAACAACUGAAAAACAUGAUAACAUUAUGUAGAAGUGAAAAUCUAAAAUGUGAAUGUAUAAAGAGGUGCAAAUAAUAGAAGAAAAAAUAAUUUUAAGUAAUACUUUGUGACUUCAUAACACUUUUCUUACCUAAGAUCCCAAAGUGCUUUACAGAGAAAUGUUAGAACCGCCAUCAUACAGUAUGUUUUGCAGGCUAGGCAAACAGUAGACACGUUGUGAUUCUGGGAGACUAGUCCUUUGAGCCUGCCUCCCAUACCACCCUUUGGUACUAUUAAUUAAGCAGGCUCAGGCUCACUUCCUUCUUAGCACUAUCAGAAACCAAACUCUUUCCUCAGAAACAUGAAUUAUAAUAAUGAGGUAGCAUAGUCUGCUCAAGAAAUCCUGUGCUUCCAAGAAUAUUAACUUCAGACAGUUUAUGCUUUCCAAAUAUUAGUAUAGUCAGUGAUACUAACCCUGACAUUUCCUUUAUUAAUGUGUAAUUUAUCUCUCAGGGUAUAGGAUACUUAGUAAAUUUAGGGUAAACUUUUUAUAGUCAGUGGCAAAAAUAAAAAAAUAGAGGCAUAGUUGCCUAAUAUAUUACUAGCUCUCAACAUUUUUAGACUAGAUAGUAUUUUAUAUAAAUCACUAGCUAAUAUAGGAGCUGGUUACCUGCUUUGAGACUGCCUUGUUGCGCAUCUAUGCUGCUCCCCAUAGUACAUAUUGUGAGCAUACUUUAAUAUGUAUCUUAUAAAAAUUAUUUAUAUAUUUCCAUCUUCUCUAUGUUUCAGGGAAGGCAGGAGAGAAUGUAUCUGUCUUGUCCUUUUGGUUGCUAUAGAAUUAACAAGUUUGAAAAUUUGAGGAGAAUGAACACUAGAGGUACACAGAUUUUAACAGAUGUUUUGCCUCAUAAGAUGUCUGUCUGCUGGACAAUGUUUAUGUCCAUGCCAUCUGUAGUUCAAUGUGGAGAGCUAAAUUGUUAAAGAUUAGGGUUAAAAUUGUCUUUAGUUCUGUUAUUUGGCACUUCGAGUAUGUAAGAAUUGGGAGAAAUAUCAUUUUAUGCAAGAGAAUUUUGAUAGAACGUUAUUAUGGAGAAGCAAAUUAUCUCUUUGGGGGGAGACUAUUGUAAAUGAACAUUGUGACUCUCCAGCUACAUAAACAUAACAAAUAAAAUUUAGAUUAUUCUGCUCCAUAGAAUAUAAAUACAA